AAUAACAAUAAUAAUAAUAUUUGUGAAGCCAGUUAUUUAAUACACAGAAAAUUUUGCAUAUAUCAAGUGGAAUUCAUACUUCUAAAAAUGAGUGUAUUAUACCAUUCAACAGCAAGUUAUGAGUGGAAAGUAUCUGAUUCUCCAAACAACAAAUGGUUAGAAUCUAAAGAUUUCACUUUACCAGAUAAUAUCGACAUGAAGUUCAAGAUAUGCCUGAAACUCCUAGAACCCAAAACUUUUUUUUGGAGAAAAGCUCAAAUCAGAGUGAAGAAACAAGCAUCUAUAGGCCUUGGUCGAGCUGAUAUAAUAAUUCAAGUUGAUAAAGUUUCAAGUCGACAAACCAUGAUCCACUGGGGUGAUUACAGCGACAUUUUUAAUUUUCGAGGAACAUUUAAACAAGGAGUCUCAAUUAUUUGCGAAAUUCAUUGGUAUGGACUCGAUGACGCUUAUGAAAAUGAUGAAAUUGCAUUUGCUGCUUCAAUUCAGCCGAACUCAAUGAAAAAUUAUUUACUUUCAACAGAAUUAAGUGAUGUGAUGAUUACAAUAAAUGGUGAUGAACUACCAGCUCAUAAACUAGUUCUCGGAUCUCAUAGUACUGUUUUCAGCAAAAUGUUCAAUACUGAUAUGAAAGAAGCUAAUGAAAAUUGUAUUUGUUUGGAUAGAUUUGACCUUGAUAUCAUCAAACAAGUCCUGAUGUUCAUGUACACAGGAAAAAUUCAGACUGAAAAUGAUAUCAAUGUAAUUUUGAAAAUAUUAUCUUGUGCUGAGAUGUAUCAGAUAAAAAAGCUGACAACUUUUUGCCAGUAUAAAUUAAUACAAAACUUUAAAGAGGAAAAUGUUAUUGAAAUUUUAGUAGAUACUGAUAACUAUGAUUUGAUUCGGCUUAAUCAAAGAGCUUUGGAAUUUCUUGUCGAUAAUAAAGCUAAUAUAUCGUUCUCGAAAACAAUAGAACAAAUUAAUAAUUCAAAAGUAUUGAAAAAUUUUGUUCGGAAUGAAUUAGGAAUGAGAAAAAAUUAA